ACGCGCCAUCAAGAGAGUGAAGACAAAGAGUAAGAGUGAGAUUGCAGGAGAUUUCAGUUUUGCUGAGAUCGAUGGAAUGUCUUUUUAAGGAGCGCGCAUGCAGGCUUGUAUGAGUUUGGGACUCUGUUUUUCCAUCUCCAUUUCCAGAUCCAAUCUAAUUUUCCAUUCCUUUUAAUCUUCCAUCCAAAUCUUUUCUUUUUCUUUUUUCAGUUCGUCCAAAUUCCUGGAUAUAGAACUAUUCUCGGAAUUUCACCUAAAAAGAAAAGGUUUCCAUUGUUAGUUUCUUCCUGAUCAUUUGGAUUCCAGGUUGAAGAAAGUUCGCCAUGUUCAGGAUUUCACCUCAUAGGAAUCAAAGAUCCAAAGGUUUGAAGGUAAAGCAUGCUUUACAAAUAUGUCUUCUGGUUGCUAUUUGCAUAUGGUUGCUUUACCAAGUUAGGCACUCUAGUGAGAAGAAAGCGGAGUAUGAGAAAUCCGCGAAUGAAGUCAUUAAGUUGGGGAGAAAGGACCUUCCUCAAGCAAAGGAAACGAUUAUUAAGGAUGUGCAGGACAAGGAGGAAGAAGAGGAAGAAAGCAGGCUUGGAGAAGAUGAUAACAAGCUUGAUGAAACGGACAAUGAAGAAAGAGGGAAUGGGGAUGAUGAUGCAAUGCAUGAGCAUGACAUUGCUAUGCCAAGAGAGGAAACCGAGCGUGGAGAAGUUUCUAUAUAUGGAGAGAAGGAAAAUGAAGAAAGUCGGAACCAUGAGAGUGAAGAGAAGGAAAACGGAGACCUGGAGAGUGGAGAGGAAGUGUUAGAAGAGAGUAAAGAGGACAGUGAAAACAAGGUGAGUGAAGUCAAUGCGGAGCUCGAGGAGAAAGAAAACACCGCGGAGAGUCAAGAGAAGGAAAAUAAGCAUAUUGGGGAAGAGAGUAAUGCAACAGAAAGUGGCGAGAAAGAGAGUGAGAAAAGCGGAGAUGAGGUAGAGAAUUCUGAUGAUCGGGUCAAUGAUGGAGUAGACAGGAAUAAUGAAGAAGCAAGAGAAGAACAUUACAAAGGGGGUGAUGCUUCAAGUGAAGUAAUCCAUGAUACCCAACAUGUCGCGAUGGAGAAUGAGACAAGUGAUUUGAAAAAUUCCAAUGAGUUGGAGGAACCGGAAAACAAUGAUAAAAAUCAAUUUGAGCAGGAGAAAGGAUCGAAUAGCAGUGAAGCAGCCAAUGUCCAUCAUAACGAGUCAAAUGAGCAGGAAAAUGGGACGACUGAAAACUAUCCUGAGAGUGGUUAUGAGAGCACUGAGGCUUCCAUGAGAGAUACAAAAUCAAAUGAGCACCAGGAUGGGGCAGAUGCGACAUCCAACACAACUCAGAAUGAAAAUGAUCAGCAAUCGGACUCAGGUGGCAAUGGCGAGCAGUCAGAUUCAAAUGCAAUUGCUACUUUGACUGAAAACAUGGAUGGAGCUAGCGAAGGUUCUACAGCCUCUACCGGUAACUCUAAAUCUGUUGAAUCAAAUGAACAGACUGAGAACUGCAAUGCAUGGAGAGGAUCAGAUAAGAAUUCUGCCUCUUCAUUUACAAGCCAAAAUGACAGAGUUCAGAGGGAAGAAUCCUACAAUAAUUCUGGAGUAGAGGGUACGCGAGGAAAACUUCUUUCCUUGAACACAAUUGAUAAUUCGAAUGCUGGUCAGAAUGAAGAAGUUCAUGCUUCUGAUUCUUCAAUUGCCGAAGGAGGGAAAACUUCCUCAAACACUAAUGAUAAUGCCGGUCCAGGUCAGAAGGAGAAUGAGAGUGGCGGCUAUACCAACAAUGAUGCAAAUGUAAAUGAGAAAGACAUCAGCACUGACAAUCAGAGCAGCACUAAUGCAAAUGCAAAUGCAAAUGCAAAUGAAGAGGUUACUGAAAAGGACAGUAAUAAUUCUAAUCUAGAUGAAAAUGCUACUCAGAGCAACACCAACAACAACGAGAAUGCAAGUCACAAUGAGAAUAAUACUGCUCAGAGCUAUAAGGACAACAAAAACGCAGGUCAGAAUCAGAAUAAUGAUUCCCAGAGCAACAACAAUGACAAAGCCCAUCAGAAUGAGAACAAUGGUGCUGUUCAGAGCAACAUCAACAACAAUGAGAAUACAGGCAGCGUUACGGACAACGAAAAUGCAGUUCGGAAUGAGAAUAACGCUUUCCAGAACUUGAACAACAAUAACAAUGAGAAUGCAGGCCAAAAUGAGAAUGAUGCUGCUCAGAGCAUUACUGACAACAAAAAUGCAAGUCAGAAUGAGAAUGAUGCUUCUCAGAACUUAAAGAACAACAACAACAAUGAGAGUGCAGACCGAAAUAAGAAAAAUGCUGCUGAGAGCAUUACCGACAACGAAAAUGCAGGUCAGAAUGAGAAUAAUGCUUCCCAGAACUUAAACAACGACGGAAAUGAGAAUGCAAGACAGAAUGAGAACAAUGAUCCUGUUCAGAUCAACACCAACAACAAUGAGAAUGCAGGCCAAAAUGAGAACAAUGCUGCUAAGGGUGUUAUUGACAAUGACAAUGGAGAUCAAAAUGGGAAUAAUGGUUCCCAGAAGAGCAAAAAUGCAAGUCGGAAUGAGGACAACAAUGCUUUUCAGAGUGACACCAACAAUGAGAAUGCAGAUAAGAAUGAGAACAAUGCUGCUCAGAGCAUUAACGACAAAGAAAAUGCAGGCCUGGAUGAGAAUAAUGCUUCCGAGAACUUAAACAACAACCACAACAAUGAGAAAGCAAGUCAGAAUGAGAACAACAUUGCUGUUCAGGACAACAUGAACAACCAGGAUUCCACAAGUCAGAAUGAUACUAAUAUGGCUCAGACCUACAAUAAUGAAAAUGCAGGUCAGAAUGAAAACAACAAAGUUGCUCAGAGCUACAGCAACAACAAUGGGAAUUCGGGCAAGAAUAAGAACAAUAAUGCUUCACAGAUAUACAACGAAAACAAUGGAACUGCAAAGUUUAGGACUUUGCCAGGUACCAGAAAUGAUGGGAAUAAUGGUGAUAAUGGCGAGAAUGUAGCUGCUGAGUGAAAAUGAUGCUCUGUUGUUCGCUAUAUGACCAUUACUGUCAUCGAAUUUUUGUUUCCUUUUCCCCAGAUGAUCAGGCAAUUGUAAGUUGCUGGCUUCUUGUUGUGCUUUAUUGUGAAUUUAGUACUGAAAAAGUUUGUUUGUACUUAUAGUUCUACUUUUAAUGAUCAACACUACAAGUUUCCAUAA